UUUUUAACUCAUAAAUUAUAUAAAAAUAACGUGCGUUAAAGUCUUGUUCGAAUUAUAUUCAUGGAAAAGUGUGUAACUAAAGUAGCUGUGAAAACCGAAAUUUCGGAGUGAGUGUCUGCUGCAGCGUAUACACCAAUGAAAUCCGUUUGAAUGAUAAUGGUGAAAAUUCAUUUAAAUGUGUCUGUUAAAUAGUUUCUACUUCGGUUGAACCAAGAAAAAACAACGCUGCUACUUUAAGGACUCUCCACCGAAGUGAUAAUGGAUUCUCCAAGAACUCCUAAGGCCUCUUCUUUGAGUGCUGAACUGAAAGACAUUAUCGACAAGAGAAAUAUGUUAACCACGCGUUCGAGAAUGAAAGUACUAAGUGCAUUGGAUGACAUCACUCGUCAAUACAUAGAAGAGAAAGAGCAAAGUUUGAGAGCUCAAACGAUCCAAGAGAUCUUGACCUCCGAAGUUGCCUAUUUACGUCAGUUAGAAAUUAUCAAGGAGUAUUUCAUGACACCACUGCUUAAAAGAAGACUAUUAAGCCAAUCCUCGUACACAACAUUAUUUGAAAAUAUUGAAACCUUGUACAACGUAAAUGGAGAGCUGUUAAACGAACUGAGGCAGAAUCCGGAGAACGUAGCUCAAGCGUUUCGCAAGUUAGCUCCUUUUUUCAAACUGUACUCGGUGUAUGCUUACAACUACAAACGCGCGUUAGUAUUACUACAGGAAAUACAACAAAACGACCUGACCACUAUGGAGUUCAUAUCGAGUCAAGAAACCAGGCCAGAAGUUAACAGUAAACUCUCUUCUUUGCUAAUAGCACCGAUUCAAAGAGUACCUCGAUAUAGGCUACUUUUAAAGGAAGUAUUACGACACACAACACCUAGGCAAAAAGAUUACAACGAUUUACAAGCUUCUCUGGUAGAGAUCGAGAAAGUCGCUUCUCACAUCAACGCCCUCGUAGCGGAGUACGAAGACGCCCAAAAGUUGCUCGAGCUGCAGAAACACAUAUCCGGUCGGAUCAACCUCAUAAAACCAGGUCGUAAGCUCAUUCGGCAGGGGCCUCUCAUGCGAGUCUCCCGGCGUGGUAACUCGUCCUUCCGCCGUCAUUUCAUUCUCCUCAGCGACACUCUGCUCUACUGCAAGGGCAGUCCUGAAGAUUCGCUCACGGUCUGCUGUCUUUUACCGCUGAACAAGUGCAAAGUCGAGCGAGUACUCAGCAAUGGACUCUUCAAGGUUGUCUGUAUGCACGAGACGCUGCUAGUGUAUUCCGAAACAGGAGAUAGCGAGGCAUGGAUCGAAGACUUGCAAGGGGCCGUGAAAAAGUAUAUUGAAUGCAGACAGACUUUACGGAAAGAUAGCAGUUCUCGAGUCCCCAUGAGAAAAGCAAAACAAUUCCAAACCGAGAACAAUAUAAAACAACGACGUAGAGGAAAAAGGCCCUUAUCCUCGUGCGAUCCAGCAACUGAGAGUAACAAUUCCGACAUAAUUUAUAUAAACAGAGAUACGGAGUCUGAGGGCACAUCAGGAGGCUCAAAUUUUUUUCAGGCUUUGAAACGGUAUAAAAAGUCGUCAUCGAAUGAGCUUGAAUGUACUGUGAAUGGAAAACUUAAAAAUUGGAUUGACACUGCGGAGAAAAAGACUGGAUCAAUGGAAAAUUUGAACACUUUCUUUCAUCAAACAAAAAGGCAUGAAAAACAUCAAUGCCAGAAUGAUUCAACGGGUGAAAAUAAUAGGAUGGUUAGCAAAGAGAACAGGAGGGUUACCGUUAACGAGUCGGAUAACUCUGAGAAUAUGCCAUUGUUAUCUUUAAAAACUGUCAGUCACAUUUUUACAAAAAUAGGAAAUACAUUUAAAGAACUUUUCAACCGCAUCUGAACUGUAUAAUUUCAAUGUAAUAAUAUAUUUAAAUGGCAUUUAGUUCAUUUAUAGGGACCAUUAUUGUAAUUCAAUAAAAAUCAUCUUUCG